AUGGCUGACGUCGAGUACCUGCAAAGCAUCCUUCGAUGCCAUCCCGAUUUUCCAAAGAAGGGAAUCAGGUUUCUCGACAUUUUUCCCAUACUCCGCAACCCUAUCGCAUUCGAGACGCUCAUCACCCACUUUGUCCAUCAUAUCACGUCGCAAACUAUACCAAAAUCACUGCACAAAAAGGUUGAUAUCGUAGUCGGUUUGGACGCAAGAGGAUUCCUCAUUGGCCCUAUCAUCGCACUGCGACUGGGAGCAUCUUUCGUACCUGUUCGCAAACGAGGCAAGCUCCCGGGCGAGUGUGUCUCAGCUACCUACGAGAAGGAGUAUGGCGCCGAUACCUUUGAAAUGCAAUCAGAUGCGAUUCUACCCGGGCAGUCCGUGGUUAUUGUAGAUGAUCUCAUUGCCACCGGUGGCUCUGCCAAGGCAGCUGGUGAGCUCGUCAAGAAGCUAGGCGGGGUGACAGUCGAGUAUCUCUUCAUCAUCGAGAUAAUGUUCCUUAAGGGAUACCAAUGUUUGGAUGCUCCUGCCUACUCUAUUAUUCAAUUCUUGGAUUGA